AUGCGUUCCGCUAAAGCUGUUGUCUCCGAGAAUCUCGCGCGCUACGGCAAAGCGGGACCCAACAUGUCUUACAACACCAUGGCUGGAUCGCAGCCUCAUCAACACACUUUGACAUCACUGAAGCGGUGGUCAGUCGCGAACAAGGAGUUGCCAGCUGUUUCGCAAAUAAAGGCAAUUCAUGUUUACGACUUCGAUAAUACCCUAUUCCUCAGUCCGCUACCGAACCCACAACUUUGGCAUGGAAGCACUAUCGGUCACCUACAAUCAGAAACACAUUUCGCCAAUGGCGGAUGGUGGCAUGAUCCCAAUAUUCUCUCCGCCACAGGGAAAGGGUUGGAAGAAGAGGAGGCGCGAGCUUGGAAGGGUUGGUGGAAUGAGAAUAUUCUCCACCUGGUCAAGCUCAGCAUGGAGCAGAAGGAUGCUGUCACAGUACUCUUGACAGGACGGAGUGAAGCUGGCUUUGGAGAGCUCAUUAAGCGUAUGGUGGCAACCCAGAAGCUGGAUUUUGACUUGGUUGGCCUGAAACCCGAAGUUGGCCCCAAUGGGCAACACUUUGCCUCGACUGCAGCAUUCAAACACGCAUUUCUCGAAGACCUCGUUCUCACGUAUGAACAUGCCGAUGAAAUACGGGUGUAUGAGGACCGGCCCAAGCAUGUCAAAGGGUUCCGCGAUCAUUUUGAAGACCUGAACAGGAAGCUACAAUCUGGGCAGUACGCUCCCCGGAAGCCCAUCAAUGCCGAGAUUCUCCAGGUAAUCGAGUCCGCUACCACACUUGAUCCAGUAACAGAAGCUGCUGAAGUGCAGCGCAUGAUCAAUUCGCAUAACCUUGCUGUCCGCAAUCCAUCUCUAGGAAGAUACAAGGCAUUUUCAACUCGGCGCUACAUGCGCAUCAAGCGUACAAUCAUAUACACGGGUUAUCUCAUUUCGCAAGAGGAUUCCAAACGCAUGAUCGAUGAAGUGCUGAACCCACUUCUUCCCAAUGGACUUGCCGAGUCGAAUGAUAUCAAGUACAUGGCUAACAAUAUUCUGAUCACUCCUCGCCCGGCCCCACACUCCAUCCUGGACAAAGUUGGUGGUCUCGGAAAGAAAGUAACUUGGCAGAUUACUGGAACGGCAGUGCUCGAGAAUAGAGUUUUCGCAGCUCGUGUCGCACCAAUCCCGUCAACCGAACAGUAUUUCUCUGAGAACCCAGACCCUCUGAUUGUCCUGGCCGUUCGUAAAGGUGCCCGUCCAGUCGAAGCAUCCAGAAUCGCGAACUGGCAGCCUGUUCCAUCCAACAAAGCCUUGAGAUUCGACACAACUGUCGGAGAAAAAGUCAUACUUCGUGUCGAAGAUGACGAGAGAGGAGGGGCUCCAAACGCGCCUAAACACCCUAAGAAACGCUAUCCUCAGGAUCAUUAUGAAGAUAUUCCUCAGCAGCAGCAUACUCAUAACCCAAGCCACGAGACAUCCUCUCACUCUCAUGGCUACCACCCGUAUUCACGACCUACCGGGGAGAACCGGAAUCAGUACGAUGAUAAUAACUCUCGUCGAGGCUCUUACCGUGGCCGAGGGCGUGGUAAUGGAAGAGGUCGUGGCAACGCUUCACGCGGUGGUCGGGGUCGGGGCCGUGGUGGCCGCGAUGCCGGCUCAAACCCUUAUUACAAGUCACUAGAUGACUACAGCAAUGGUUACGAUGGAUCGCAGGAAAAUAAGGGUGGCAGCAACAGCAACAAUGGAUAUCCGAUGGACUACUGA